UUAUAGAACACCGGGCGCGCGCACUCACUUUAAUUUCAAAGGGUGGCGUUGACGUCACCGCAGGUCCAAAGAAGUCUAUAGAAAGGGAGAGCGCAACAUUUCCCAGCCUUCAUUCUUCCGAGACAGGGCAAGUGAGGAUUACGAUGGUCAUCAGAGUGUAUAUCGCGUCCUCCUCCGGGUCUGUCGCGGUGAAGAAACGUCAGCAGGCCAUCGUGGGCUUUCUGGAGGCCAACCGGAUCAGCUUCGAGGAGGUUGACAUCACCAUGCUGGAGGAUCAGAGGCUCUGGAUGUACCGGAACAUUCCUGAGGAGAAACGACCUGAAAAGGGCAAUCCUCUCCCCCCUCAGAUCUUCAAUGGAGACGACUACUGCGGCGAUUAUGAAGAUUUCUUCCAGUCUAAAGAGACGGACACAGUGUUCUCAUUCCUCCAUUUGCCCCCUGUAAAGGACUCUUGAAUCCUAGAGCGUGUCAUUGACAUUUGCCUAGACUGAAACACUGUGGUUUUGCCUCUUUUUCCUGUGAUGUAACUUUCGUCCCCUGGUCUGAAGCCCUCACUGCCAGCAAUGCUUUUGCCCAACACACGCUGCCCUCCAGCUAACAAACUUUUCCUUAUUCAAACACACACAUACACAGGGUGAUUCAUGUUUUCUAUGGCCUAAUUAAUUAUUUAUAUGUGUUGCUGUUAUGUUUCAUUUGUUGUACGUGUGUUGCAUGAAAAACCAACUCUGCUUUUAUAACGUGAUACAGGGAUAGAAAGUGAUCUUAUGUUUGUGUGCAUAAGACUUAUAUUGUUAAUCUACACAAAGAGAAUAAUAAGUAUGCAAGGUUGCAUAUACAUCUCUUGUAAGUUGUUCUUUGUUAAGGAGCUCAAACAGAUGGCCAAAACGAAAUGUAGGGAAACAGCAGAAGAAUUUGGUAUAAUGUUAUCCUUUCCGCAGGCUUUGAUCUAUUUGUAAAAAGAAGUUCAGACCAAAAGCCAAAACAGGAAAUAGAAUCCUGACCUGAAUUAAGAUCUCAGCGGAACAGAGAUCUGAGCUCAGUGUUUCCACGAUACAUAAUGGCUCUUCAAAGCUUUUUUGAGUGUAAAACUGGUCCUGAAUCAGUAUUUGAACACCUUGUGCUUUAUUAUUGGAAUUUCACAUCUCAUUCCUAAAGCCUUUUGUUCUUUCUGCUGGAAAACAUGCUAAAGAACUCAUAUCUUGUUCAGUCUUUUCCUCUUUAAUUGUUUGUUAAAGUGUGUUUUUCUUCUCAGGGGUAUGUUAGCAUGUAGCACACUGAUGCCUCAACUUUCCGCUCACCCAUUUAUGUAGCUUAUAUAGUGACUUAUAUCAUACAAAGCUGGGGAGAAUAGUUGGUUUACUCACAAAGUUGGUUUUGUGGAACAUAUUUAAUGUUUACACACAGUCUACUCUAGUUUUUUUUCGACAAUCUACUGCCACAAUCAAACCUCCCAAACAAAAAAACACUCCCAAACCUACAUUCUCUGCAUUUGCAUUUACUAUUCAUUGUGAUACGCGCUUCUUGCUUCACUCCUCCCACCCAUUCAUUAAAUGAUUCCACAUGAAUAAGCAUGUAUGUUUACGCACACAUACACACACCAUUCUCAGGACACAAUUAUGUUUUCACACAAACACACACAUAUACACAUUCUGUAAAAUGGAAUCAUUCCUCUCUGUACUGAAUGAUAUGUAUGAAGUUACUGUUGUUUACUUUCAUAAUCUAAAUGAAUAAUUAAAAAAUCUAAUUUUUAAUAAAGGAUAUUCAAA